UAUGAUUUCCUACAAAAUCUAGGGGUAAAUUUUAAUUUUGUGUAAAUAUUUUGGUUUGUAAUUUCCUUCUCUUAUGUUUCUUACGGUUUGAAGCCCUCGACACAAACAAAAACACGAGGCGCAGUUUUAAACAGAGAGAUGCGAAGACGUAAAGAGCUUCUCAGCCGCUCUUAUUUAAUUCGCCAAGUUCUCUGAUUUCUGAACGGGAGCACACUCUCAAGCUCCUCCCGCCGACUCUGUGCUCUCAUUCUCUAAAGUGCGACGGUCACGCGCAUUUAUCAUCCUACUACUGGUCGAGUUUGCGGAGCAUUCCCAACAUUUCUUCUAAGGUGAUGUUGGUUCUCAAGUCUUUCGUUUUAUUGCCCUGAAAAAGAAGACCCCGCUUCUUCUUCUUUCUUCUCUAGUUCCUGGUUUCUUGCUUCUCGCUUCGCUCUCCUAGAGACGGAUAGACUUAUUUUAUUUUACCCUUAUUGGCGCCGAAGCCACCCAGAGGCGGGCUCUUGGGUUGUCCGGACCUCCAUUGAAUUUUUUAGUUGAUUGAUUGAUUUGGUCUAUUUGUGUUUCUGGGUUGUUCUAUUUUGCUGCACGAGUACUGGAGGUUUUUGCUGAAACAUUCCUUUGAAUCAUGGCCUAUGUGUGUCUUUCUACAUGAAGGAUAUCUCAGAACAUAAUCACAUGCUCACCUUGCGACCCAUUCGUAGAUUUUACCAUGCUGCUGCUGUGCUUGCAUCAACUGAUAGUCAUGCCUCUGCUAUUGUUGCGUCGAAUGAGACUCCUGGUACCCUAUCAAAUCAAAUUCACAAUCUAAAGCCCUUAGAUAAACCUGCACUAGAGAAGCUUAAAGCUGAGCGAGACCCUGAAAAGCUAUUCAACCUUUUCAAUGCCAAUGCCCAUAAUAAACUGGUCAUCGAGAAUCGUUUUGCCUUUGAGGACACUAUUUCUAGGUUAGCUGGGGCACAAAGGUUUGAUUAUAUUGAACAGUUACUUGAGGACCAAAAGACUCUUCCACAAGGUAGGCGUGAAGGGUUCAUCGUUAGGAUAAUAAUGUUGUAUGGAAGGGCUGGAAUGACUGAGAAUGCAAUUCAGACCUUUUAUGAUAUGCAUUUGUAUGGUUGUAGAAGGACUGUUAAAUCAUUCAAUGCAGCACUUACGGUCUUGACACAGACUCGUGAUUUAGUAGCAAUUGAGUCAUUCCUCAGUGAAGUCCCAGAGAAGUUUGGCAUUGAGGUGGAUAUAUUUUCGGUUAAUAUUGUCGUCAAGGCUUUAUGUGAUAUGGGUAUUUUGGAUAAGGCAUACCUGUUCAUGGUAGUGAUGGAAAAGGCGGGUAUAAGACCAGAUGUUUUCACAUAUACAACACUUAUAUCAGCAUUUUAUAAAAUUAAUCGGGGUGAAAUUGGAAAUGGAAUAUGGAAUCUUAUGGUCCGUAAAAGAUGUUUUCCCAAUCUUGCUACAUUCAAUGUUAGAGUACAGUAUUUAGUUAAUGGUAGGCGAGCUUGGCAAGCUAACAGUGUGAUGGCUUUGAUGCAGAAUAUUGGAAUAAAGCCUGAUGAGGUCACUUAUAAUUUGGUGAUUAAAGGAUUUUGCCAGGCACGGUAUCUCGAGAUGGCCAAAAGAGUUUAUUCUGCUUUGCAUGGCAAUGGAUACAAACCCAAUGUUAAAAUCUACCAGACUAUGAUUCAUUAUCUCUUGAAGGGAGGGGAGUUUGAUUUGGCAUACACUAUGUGUAAAGACUGCAUGAACAGGAAUUGGUUUCCAAAUGUGGACACAAUUUAUACACUGCUUGAUGGCCUUAAGAAGAGUAAGCAGGUUGAUAAGGCCAUUUUUAUUAUGAGAUUGGCUCGGAGAAGGGUACCUCCCUUUUCUCCAAAACAGUUGAGUCGCUUACAAUUGAUAUUUUCCGAUAGUUGAUUCAAGAUUGUAUAUCAGAUACAUGGAUCAGAUUGAUUAACAUUACAGUUCAUAUCAAAGAGAAGUUGUUAUUCCUUUUACACGUCAAUGCAGAUCUGUAAAAACAGUUGGGCAAGUGUUUUAAGUGGUGGAGACUGCCCAAUGUGGGGACUUCAUAAUUUCUUUGGUUAAUUUUGUGCAGCCACAAUGAAGAUUGUGAUGAAUGGAACUUCAAUGGUCAAAAGCUCUAGUGCUGAAGAUUUCCCUGUCAAUGAGAAGAAGGAAAAGCCCCUGCCGUUAUUUAUCAUUAGAUGCUACGAUUGGAAAGAAGUUACAAAUCACCAACGGCUCUGCAAGAGAAAAUUCUGUGGAAAGGCUAUCCCACAUGGAAAUGCUUUCCUUAAAGGGUGUUUUGUAUCAAAAGGAUGGUGACCCUGUCGCAAUCGGGUUAUUUAUGGAUCCUGAAUACCCAGCUUGAACUGUCAUAUGAUCAGCAUGCAGUUUUGAUGUUCAUCAACUUUGAGCCUUAUUAGUUAGUUUUUAGACAGUGAAUCUGGCUCAUAAAAAGUUUUGCCAGAUUCUUAUUGGGUUAUUUAUCAUGAGAUUAUACAUGUACUUACAUGAAUAGAUAUAGCCUAUAGGUCUAAUGUUAUUGUAGUUCAGUUACCUCAAUUGUGCAUUGUUUAUACCAUUGACAUGGAUUUUCUUUCAUUUGAUCCAGAAACAUAUAUUCCAGAAUGAUAUUGUUCUUUCA